AUGGAGAGGAGGGCUCUAAAUAGAAAGGUGAUGCUCUCGGAAAGAAAAGUGAUGAUUGAGCCAAAUGAAGCAAUGUCAGAUAAACACCUCUUCAGACCCAAACCAAGAUUUGCAAGAAAAUGUUAUUCCUCACCAACACAAGUCUCUCUCAGUGUAGCUAAGACAUUCUCAGGAAAGAAAGAAGUUUCUUCCAAGAACACUGAACAUAAAGUUUCCUUAGAGCAUUCUGGAAAAAGAGUAUCUUCAAAGGGCAUGAAAAAUAAAGAUAUCGUAACAAGUCUUCAGUCUGACCUAUGGUCCUCUUCCUUCUUAAAAGAAAGCACAGGUGAAGGGGUCCAAGAUGCAGUGAUGGCAAAGCAGGAGAAAAGUGGUGAAUUCCGCCUUCAGGGUACGGAUGAUAAGUUGUCAGAAUCAACAGACGAUGAUGGUGAAGAUGGUGCCAAUGACGCCAAUGAUAAAGACAUUAACCCCAGAAAGGAAAUCCGAGCCCCGUUAGAGUUAAUGGCAGAAUUCCUGAGAGCAGAAAUGGGCCGAGACUACCAUCUGGCAAAAAAAUUAUGUCAGAUGAUCCUGAUCUAUGAACCGGAAAAUCCAGAGGCCAAGGAGUUUCUCUCGCUUAUUGAAGAAAUGCUGCUGAAGGAGAAAGAGCGGACUGUUGAGGAGGAGGAUGAAGAUAGUGAAGAAGAAAGUAGCGACGAGAGCAGCGAGGCGGGGAGCGACGAGAGCUCUGGUGAAUGGGAGGAGGGGUCCUAA